AUGCAGCAAGCGAAUGCUGCGCGUCCAGCCUUCCCCCAAAACUUCCAACCGGGCAAUAUGCCUAACAUCAACUUCUCCGCCCCCGUGAUUCGCCUCGGGACAUCGGGCCCCGCACGGCCUGCUGGCCCCGAACACGGACAUGGCCGCGAUCGUGUCAAUGACGGCCACGGACACGGUCGUCGCAGCGGCCUUGGCUCGCACACGCAUUCUGAAGCACCUCGUCAUCAAACCCGCGAGUCUUUGGCGCAGUUCCAGCCCCAAACUCGAGAUGAGCUUGUGCGCACCCUUUUUGUAGGGGGCAUUACUGAGGGUGUCGGUGGCGACGAUGGCAUUGAGCAAAUUCUCGCGUCUGCUGGUAGGCUUCGCCGCUGGAUCCGGCCUACGGAUGCCGACGACAAGCCCUGCCGAUUUGGCUUUGCCGAAUUUCAAGACACCGAAAGCCUGGAAGUCGCCGUUGAGCUGUUCAGGGAUGUCCAAGUCCCCUUGAAGAAACAGACGGUCAAAUCAGAGACCAAGGUCGAACCCGACAUCAAGGUUGAACCCGACAUCAAGAUAGAAGAGUCUGACGCCAAGGAGUCUGAGACCAAGGAAGAAGUGGAGACGAGCAAGCUUUUGGUUGUCGUGGACGAAGGCACCUUGCGGUACCUCGAGCAGUAUGUGGAUAGCUGCGGCGAACGUGACCCUCAAGAGCUUCAAGCUCGUUUUACUACCGCUCGUGAGAAGCUUUCCCUUGCUCUAGACAGUCUCUUCAACCCGAAAAUCCCCGUUAAAGAGGAAGGUAUUUCUGCUGCGGAUAACGAAGGCGAUGUCGACAUGAAGGAUGCUAUGCUCACGAAAGACGGGGAAGUGGUGACAAUUCCAAUCACCCCUGACGACGAACUGAGUGAAAUCCCUGCCGAAAGACGCGCGAUGAUCGAACAACAAAUUGCCAAUUUCCGCGAGCGGAGCAACCUUCGGGACAUGGAGCGCGUGAAGCGUCAUGACGCCAUGGAGCGGGCACGUAAUUCCGGUGGCCGGGACAAUGACUUGGCUUCUCCCUCCCUCUCUGGAACCUCCGGCGGCCCUGUGGGCGGUGCGAAUUCUAUUCCUCUGGGACCACGCGACCGUGGCGUGCCCAACGCUCCUGCCGGCCCAAAGGGCUUUGGUGUGCAGAUUCCCAAGGAUUAUCAAAAGGGCGUCUCGUUCGUGGCGGGAGGAUCUGUCGGCAUUGAUCGCGAAGAAGAAGAUGACACCGAUGCCAGUGAUGAUGAGCUGGAGCGUCGCCGCCAAGCCAAACGCGAGGCAGAGCAGCAAAAGCAAUUCGCUGAUCAAGAACGCCGCUGGCUCAAUCGAGAGCGCAGCCGCACGGCAGCUUUGGAGCGGGAGAAGAACCGCGACAAGCAAGAGGAAGGACGGCUCCAAUCUGCCCGUGAUGAAAUGGACAAGUAUCUCAAGGAGUGGGAUGAUGAUGUCGAGGCAAAGAAGACUUCCGCCUAUUACGCUGACCGUACUGCCUGGCGCCGCAGCCGCGAUACUUACCGCUCUCAUGAGAUCGCCAGGGAUAAGGCUGAUCGGGCUGCCGAGGAACGUGAGCUCGCUGCCGCUGCCGCUGCCGAGAAGCAGAAGGAGCAGACUCGUCAUGCUGCCGACGACUUCCUCGCUCGCCAGGCCAAGGAGAUCGAGGAUCGUUUGGAGCCCCCACGUGAGCCUCAGCGCUUCAAGUUGUCCCUUGGUGCUGCUGCCAAGAAAGCCCAAGCUGCCACGACUCGCCGUACCGCCGCUGAAGUUGAGGGUCUGCUAGAAGAUGAAGAGGAGCCCACUGCCGCUGUUCGUCGGCCACUCAUCCCAAUUCAGUUUGAUACCCCUUCUGCCCAGAUGUCCGAAGAAGAGCGAACCCAGGCUGCCCGCCAACUGGCCGCUGAAAUUCCAAACGACAAAGAAGGAUUGUGGGACUGGAAGGUCCAGUGGGAUUAUUUGGAUGACGGCGUCCUCACCUAUCAAAUCCAACCUUUUGUGGAGAAAAAGAUCGUCGAGUACCUGGGUGUUCAAGAGCAGAUGCUUGUCGACAUGGUGGAGGAGCAUAUUCGCAAGCGUCGUUCUGCCCAGGAGCUUGUAGAAUCCCUUUCUGAGGCACUGGAUGAGGAGGCUGAAGUCCUGGUCCGCAAGCUCUGGCGAAUGAUCAUUUUCUUCUCAGAGAGUGAGAAGCGUGGAAUUUCAACCAAUUAA